AAAGCCAGCAAAAAGUUGUGCAUUCUCAGCAAGUAACAAAAUGGAAGAGGAAAGGUAUUUUUCAUUUUGUGAUGCCUUAAGAAAUAAGUAUUGCCCUGACAAUUUAGACGACCACUUCGAAAAUAUUGAAAUAUCAGUGAAACGAAGAGAGGCAAUCUUAAAACAACAGAAUCACCAGAAAAGAGUUCUACUUUCAUUGGAUGGUUGUCACAUACGUUGUGCUGGAAAACCAAAUGAAAUUUUAGAAACUUGUCCUUUAAUUCAGGAACUGGAUUUAUCAAGUAACCUAAUAUCACGGUGGGGAGAUGUUUUCCAAGUGUUGCAACAACUAUCUCACUUAUCCUUCUUAAACUUGAGUCAUAACCCACUAGAACCUCACCUUUCGCUUGGUGACGUCAGUAACUUGCCCAAUUUGCAGAAAUUGAUUGUUAAUAAUGUCAAGCUUGAAUAUAACACGGUUUGUAAACUGUUGGCACUGUUUCCGAGCAUCAACGAACUUCAUCUCAGUUUAAACGACUUCCAGGAUGUUCCCGACAUUAGCGAACAUCACGACAACGUCACGUCUUUGUACUUUGUGAAAAAUGGAAUAUCGACCUGGAGUGAAGUAGAAAAGCUUGGUGCACAUUUCCCUAAUUUAAAGUGUUUAAUAGUGGCGGAGAAUCCAAUCACCAAAAUCCCAGUUAAUAGCAAUGUAUCGAAGUAUUUUCCUCAGUUAGAGAAAUUAAGUAUUAAUAAUACGCUUAUAUCAGACUGGGAAUCGCUGGAUCAGUUAGAAAGGUUUCCUUCUUUGCACGAUGUUCGAUUUCGCGAGCUGCCAUUAUGGGAGGAACACGAAGACGAAAAUGAAAGACGAAAAUUGAUUACGGCUCGAUUACCCAAAAUCAAAAUAUUAAACGGCAGCAAAGUAGACGAAAGUCAACGCGAAAAUGCUGAACGCUUUUUUAUAAGAUUUUACAAAAAUAGAGAAAAUAAACCGAAACGUUAUGAAGAACUUGUUAGUGUGCACGGGGAAUUAGCCGAUUUAGUCGAUAUUGACUUUACAAAGCGCGAAUACGCCCGUGUUACACUGACAGGUGAUAUAAAACAGAAUAUUCCUAUGAGAUUAGAUAUAACGCAAACAACGGAAGAAUUUAAGAUGUAUAUAGCGGACCAAUUUGGAUUAUCUUUAUCAAAAUUUCGCUUGCUAGUCCGUCACGAGAGUACUGGUUAUGUGACGGAGAUGAGAAUUAAAAGCGCCAGAUUAGAAAGAUAUGGCAUAAUUGAUGGAGAUGAAAUUAAAAUUGAAAUUAAUGGAAGAUAGCUCCAGAAAAUUUUCAGGUUAUCAAACAGAACAUUCAGUAAUUUAUUUGCGUCGUGUUUGUAGGAUAGGUUUGUUAAUCUAUAUAAUAAAAAAAUAAAUAUUUUUUUCCCGAUUAACUGGUAAACCUGACCUUACCUAAAUUGUGAUUUUAUUCUUGUUGUAAAAGAUUUGAACUUACGCAACCUUUUAGGAUUCUUUUUUUAUUUAUUUCAACCUCAGAAAAAAGAAAGAACCCUAAUAAACGGCCCUUUUACCCCUAUAAAAGUAAAAAUAUGAUUUAAACGCCCCUCUCUUUUAAACGCCCCUCUCUAUUAACACUUCUCCCUGUGCUUUUUUAGCCCUUGUAACCUUGAGGGGGGCACAAAGUGCCGCGGCUUAUAAAUCCUGAACCACUUAUGAUUAAAUGAUGAAACUUGGCACAGUUGUAAGAUGUCUUAGUACAAAUUCAUUCUAGGUAAAAAAUAAUUUUAUGACGUCAUAUGAAUCAAAAACAGACUUGUUUACCCCUCCCCCUCCCCUUAGGUAUAAUAGGGUUAAACAAUUGUAAUAGAAGGGGGGGGGGGGGGGGGGGGGCAGGGGCGUUUAUUGGUUAGUUUCGUCGAAGUUUUGAAUCGAAUUAUUUUUAGUCUUCUUUUUAGCCCACUUUUUGGGCCAAAUGGAUGGGCCAUGCUUGAAAAUUUGUAUUUAUAAAGAAUUUAAAUUUAUAUUAAUUGUGAAA